AUGGCAGGCGAAUCACCCAAAUCUCGAGUGUCUUUUCUUGCCCGGAAACCGCACCACAACUACGGCUUUCCCGACGAUGCCUUUGACCACACCCAGCUACCUGGCGUCGACGAGAAGUUCGUACCCGACGAGGACAUCGCCGCCUUUGUCCAGGCACUCAGUGCCCCUGAACCCUUCCACUCUUCGACCGACGAUGGCUCCUUUCUACAAAGCCCCGCCCUGCGUAGCGGCAGCAGUAUCAAUAUCCCGCCUCCGUGGCAGCAAGGCAAUGCUAGCCCAGCUAGGUCGAGCAAUGGAAUACCACGGCACAACAGCCAAGCGAGCCUACUCAUAUCGGCGCAAAACGACUGGGCGCCCGUCAACGAAAGGGUGUCCAAGUCGGGCAAGAGGCGUCGCAAGAGACGGAGUGCGCUAGGAAGAAGUGUUGACGAGGCGCGAGAGGGCUAUCUCUAUGCUCUACUCAGAUGGCCGUUUCUUUUCUUCACGAUGACCUGGAUUUUGUGGCUUGGUGUUGCGUACCUCGCCACCAGGUUCUACGUCUGGGGGUACGAGUACUUCGUCGCCUGGCGUGGUCAGCGAGAGAGACUGCGCAGGAAUAUGCGCGCGACGAGCAGCUACCGAGACUGGGUGAAUGCGGCGAAAGAUCUCGAUGCGUUCCUGGGAAAUCAGUACUGGAAAGAGGACAACGAUUAUGCUUACUACGAUUCGAAGACGGUUCGUCGCGUCUGGGAACAAAUUCGCAAGCAUCGUCAAGCUGCCGAGGCGCAAGAGGCAAAGGCCUCUGCUGCUCCUGGAUACGUCAAUGGGGACGCGCCGGCAGAUGCCCAGGCGAAGAGGCCAAUUGACGACCUCAAAGCGAUGAUCGAAGCAUGCGUAAAGAGCAACUUUGUCGGAGUUGAGAAUCCGAGGCUGUACAGUGAGACAUAUUACGGUACCAAAAACCUCAUUCAAAACUUUGUUGAUGAAGUUGAAAAGGGUCUGCGGCUACUAGUCCGCACUGAACAGAUCCCGCUCGAAGAGAAACAAAUUUUGUUCAAGCACUUGCACACCAACUACGGUCGCACCGCUCUGUGUCUCUCUGGCGGCGCCACCUUUGCGUACUAUCACUUUGGAGUUGUCAAAGCAUUGCUCGAGGCAGACCAAAUACCCGAUGUAAUCACUGGGACAAGUGGAGGUGCGUUGGUGGCUGCGCUCGUCGCAACACGCACCAACGAAGAGCUGAAGAACUUGCUCGUGCCGGCUCUGGCACACAAAAUCACUGCCUGCUCGGAGCCAUUCACAACUUGGCUUCCGCGGUGGUGGAAGACGGGUGCCAGAUUCGACUCAGUCGAUUGGGCACGCCAGUGUGCGUGGUGGGCCCAUGGCUCCAUGACCUUCCGCGAGGCGUACGAACGUACGGGCCGCAUCCUGAACGUUUCCUGUGUGCCUGCUGAUCCUCACUCUCCCACCAUUCUCUGCAACUACCUUACGAGUCCAGACUGCGUCAUCUGGUCAGCAGUGUUGGCUUCGGCAGCCGUUCCCGGCAUCCUUAACCCUGUGGUUCUGAUGAUGAAAUCCAAAAACGGAUCUCUCGUCCCGUACUCCUUUGGGCACAAAUGGAAGGAUGGCAGUCUGAGGACGGAUAUUCCCAUCAAAGCACUGAACUUACACUUCAACGUCAACUUCACCAUUGUUAGCCAAGUCAACCCUCACAUAUCACUUUUCUUUUUCUCUUCGCGCGGCACCGUUGGGUCCCCCGUCACUCACCGCAAAGGACGGGGUUGGCGGGGCGGGUACCUCGGAUCUGCGCUUGAACAGUAUAUCAAGCUCGACUUGACUAAAUGGCUCAAGGUCUUGCGACAUUUGGAACUCCUACCCCGACCACUGGGUCAAGACUGGUCCCAGUUGUGGCUCCAACAAUUCAGCGGAACCGUCACUAUUUGGCCCAAAUCCAAGCCCAGUGACAUCCUACGGAUUCUAGCUGACCCGGAUAAAGACCGACUGGCGCGGAUGAUACACGAGGGACAACAAAGUGCCUUCCCCAAGUUGAAGUUCAUUGCCAACAGACUCAAGGUGGAGCGUAUGAUUGAACAGGGCAGGAAAGAGACGCGCAGCGCUAGGAGAGGCAGUCUCGAGAGCAUCAUCAGUGAAGACGACCUACAAAGUCUACUACUCAACCAAACCAGUGGAACGGAAGACGAGAGCACGGAUGACAUGGACUCAGAAGUCAUUGAUGAUGGUAAUUUUGAGGAAGCUGUGGGGGAUAUCAAGGAGGAAUGA